AUGACGUCAUUGACAAGUAGAACACGCGAUAAAAGUCGAAGUUUGGUCGACGCUCUUGGAAACGAUUGACGUUUUCACGGGGGUAAACCAUCGGUUGCAAUCAAUCAGUUAAAAAUUGGUGAAUAUGCUGGAGUGGGCCUACGAGGGGGUAAAUGCCUCAAUUCCACGUAAUGUGGGGCCUGAAUGUGCGAACUACUUGCCGUCCAAAUAUAAAAUAAUGGAGACACUUUCAGUGUCUGUAUUAAUUGUUUAUCUAGUUGCGAAGGGGUACAGGAGUUUAUCCCUGCCAAAGAGAAUUAAAUGCGUUAAUCAGGAUCGCACUGGGAGAAAAUUACUGCUCGUUACCAUGACACUUAUCCUUGGAAUCGAAAUUGGAUUCAAGUUUUCCAGUAGAACUGUCGUUUAUUUACUUAAUCCUUGUCACAUUACCACAGCUGUUCAGUUGUACUUAUUAUCUGCGAAACCUAGUCCAACAGUUACUGCACUGUUCAGGCUGCAGUUGAAUUUCAUGAAUGGACCGAUUCUCGCUUAUGCUUUUCCAGAGACUGAAUCUAGAAAGAUAUUUGCUGAUAAAGCCAUGUACUACCUCCAACACGGUUUAAUGAUUGUGAUAUCGUAUUAUCUUUUGAGGAUUGGAGGUGCCUACAGUGUAGAGCCUCUCAGGGAUUUUAGCUGGUGCUUUCUAGGAUAUGGAAUCAAUCUUGCUUAUCACUUCUGGAUUCUUCAACUCGCUGCAUUGCCUGUGCAAGUGAAUCUCAGUCAUAUGUUGUGUCCAGCGGUUUUGGAUCCCUUCGAGGGUCAGUAUUAUCGUCUCUGGGCGGUUGUACAUCAGGCGAUGCUGUGCCCUCUCCUAUCGAAAUUAAUAUGUCUCUCAUCAGAUUUCUUCCUAACGAAAUUUCCACGCUUAAAUGUAACUUGCGAGGAGAAAUCCCUCAGCAAUGGCGACGAUGGAAAAACCAAAGAAAAACUGGAGAAGUGUAAUGGAUGUGCUCAUGCCGAUUAAAUCAGGAUUUUAUUUAAAUAAUAUAAAUUUUAUUCUUAAAUUUUAAAUAAACUUCUGUGAUUGAGUAGUCUGCCUACAUCACUAAUCAAAAUGAAAUAGUCAAGCUCAUGACAUUCAAAAAUAUUUUUCAAGUUCUUGAAAUUUAUUCCUGUUUUUUUUGUUUAAAUGUUUUUUAUAGCAAUUGGUAUUUCUACAGAUUAUGUAAUUAGGGGUUUCAAUUAAAUGUACUUAAAAUGCUUGAAAAAUUCCUAGGGUGCAGUACAAAUAGACUUAACUCCCGAUAAAUUCCAGAUUUUUAAUAGUCCAUUUAUUGACUAAUUAUAUCUAGAUUUAUACUUGUGAAUAAAUUUAAUAGAAAAAAUGUCUAAUUCAUUAAUUUUUUUCUAUUAAAUUUCUUCA